UUCUAUAUAACCUGUAUUUCUAACAAAUGUGUACUCCAUUGCUUGUAGCUAAUACUACAUUUGUUUUGGUUGUUCUCCUUAGCAUCAUCAUCAUCAACUAUCUUCAUUUACAACAAACUCUUCCUCAAAGUUCCAGAAAAGCCCAUCUAUAUACACUGUAUAUGCAUGAUUAUAUGAAUCAGAGGGUGGUUAGAGAUUGUACGCUUUUAUAGGAAGUCGGUUGCAAUAAUUCCAUCGCUCGCUCGCCUUCUGUUCGACGUUAUUCCUGACAAGCUUUGCUGUGAAGCUAGCUAGCUAGCUAUCUCCUCGAUCUGUUCGCCAUGGAUAUUUUCGACUGGGAUGAUGAGCCGUUUCAUGUCGGCGGCUCGAAUUCGGCGACUACCGGAAUUACCGCGAUGGUUGUUGGUCAGGCGAAGCCGCAGGUGGAGGAAUUGGCUCCGGCUCCGGCUCCGUUUGAUCCGAUACAUAUGGUGUCGAGCUGGAACUUGCCGGAGCGGCAGGAAGCGGCGGCGAGAUUGGCGGCGGAUUCUAUGGCUGCACGGCAGGGAUGGAGCGACGCCGCCGCCAUAGAUGGUUCUGGAAUGUGUGCUUCCGGUCGAGAUGUGCUGAACCGGUCCGGUUAUGUUUUGAAUCAAGGGAGUGGCGGUUUGAUGGGAGAUUUUUGUAAUUUCAAAGCUAAGGCGGCGCCGGCGGCUGGCUCUCAGCUGGAGUCGUUUGAUUGCUUGCUGUCUGCGACGAACAGCAACACCGAUACGUCGGUGGAGGACGACGAGAUUUCCAUGAUUUUCUCGGCGGACUGCAAGAGUUUAUGGAACUUUAAUACCGGCAAUGCGGUUUCUUCCGGCGAAUCCGCUUGCCUUGAGGAGACCGUCGCGAAAACCGCGACAAUUUCGGACACGAUCAACUGUUCUAAUCUCCUAGGCAAGAGAGAAAACCCCGAUCCAUCCAAUUUCAAUCUCAUUCCAGAAAAUAUUCAACCGAAAUCGAAGAAAUCCAGGCAGGAGAACCCCCGCCCUAGCUCAUCCAACAUCAAUUUCCAGCAGCCAAGCUCGUCGGCGUCCUCGGUGGAGGAGCCGGACUCGGAGGCGAUAGCGCAGAUGAAGGAGAUGAUUUACCGUGCGGCGGCGUUCCGUCCGGUGAACUUCGGCGCGGAGGCGGUGGAGAAGCCGAAGAGGAAGAACGUGAGGAUAUCGACGGAUCCGCAAACGGUGGCGGCGCGGCAGCGACGGGAGAGGAUUAGCGAACGGAUUAGGGUUUUGCAACGACUGGUUCCGGGAGGGAGUAAAAUGGACACUGCAUCAAUGCUCGAUGAAGCCGCGAACUAUCUCAAAUUUCUCAGGUCUCAAGUCAAAGCCUUGGAAGCAUUCGGCCAAAAAAUUGACUCUUCUUCUUCAUCACUCAAUUUUAACCAUUUUAUCCCUCCAUCUUUACCCUUCAAUAACUACUCUUUCCCCAUGCAACCCAAUAAUCUCCCCCUCUAUAACCCUAACCCAAUUCACCGCCCCAGAAGUUGACAUUAUAUUCACCAUUUUCCCCCCAACUCAACCCAACUAAGUUUUAAUCUCGAUCUAUCAGAUCAAAUUAUGAAACUCAACCCAACCGAGUUUUAACCUCGAUCCAUCAGAUCAAAUUAGAGAAAAGAGAGAACUGUAAAAUGUAUAAACAUUUCCAAUUUCCAUGCAUCAAUCUUUACGAA